AUGAGAAAGGAUGACGUCCUCCCGGCCCGGGGGUGGGGUGGGGGUCCUCCCACAAUCCCGACGCCGGGAGCGAGGGAGGGACGGUGCUCAUGGUUUCGGCGUGAGCAGGAGAGAGUCCUCCAAGUCACCCCGGUUAAUACCUUUCCUCCACUCCAGGUCUCAUCGCGGCUCUGCCAGGACCCGGAGCCCGAGCCCUGCCAUCCUGGCUUUGGCGCCCAGAGCUACACGUUUACGGUGCCCCGGCGGCACUUGGAGAGAGGCCGCCUCCUGGGCAGAGUGACUUUUGAAGGAUGCACUGGUCGACCCAGGACGGCCUAUUAUUCUGCUGACUCUCGAUUCAAAGUGGGCACAGACGGUGCGAUUACAGUCAAACGGCCUCUACAGCUUCACAAUUCAGAGACCAGUUUUCUUAUCCAUGCCUGGGAUUCCACCCGCAGAAAAUUUUCCACCAAAGUCACGCUUAAGGCUGUGGGACACCACCCCCACCACCACCAUCAGGACUCUGCUUCUGGAACCCACUUGGAAGUGCUCACAUUUCCUAUCUCCCACCAUGGUCUCAGAAGACAGAAGAGAGACUGGGUUAUUCCUCCCAUCAGCUGUCCAGAAAAUGAAAAGGGCCCAUUUCCCAAAAACCUGGUUCAGAUCAAAUCCAACAGGGAUAAAGAAACCAAAGUUUUCUAUAGCAUCACUGGCCAAGGAGCAGAUACACCUCCUGUUGGUGUGUUUAUUAUUGAAAGAGAAACAGGAUGGCUGAAAGUGACGGAGCCUCUGGAUAGAGAACAAAUUGCCAAGUACAUUCUCUUCUCUCAUGCUGUGUCAUCGAACGGAAAUGCGAUUGAGGAUCCAAUGGAGAUUGUGAUCACGGUGACAGAUCAGAAUGACAACAAGCCUCAGUUCACCCAGGAGAUCUUUGAGGGAUCUGUCAUGGAAGGUGCUCUGCCAGGAACCUCUGUGAUGCAGGUCACAGCCACAGAUGCAGACGAUGACGUGAACACCUACAAUGCCGCCAUUGCUUACACCAUCAUCAGCCAAGAGCCUGAGUUGCCUUACAAGAGCAUGUUCACCAUCAACCGGAACACAGGAGUCAUCAGUGUGGUCACCACCGGGCUGGACCGAGAGAGUAUUCCCACGUACACCCUGUUGGUGCAAGCUGCGGACCUCCAAGGUGAGGGCUUAAGCACAACAGCAACAGCUGUGAUCACGAUCACCGACAUCAACGAUAACGCUCCUGUCUUCAAUCCCACCAUGUACGAGGGCCAGGUGCCCGAGAAUGAAGCUAAUGUCCUAAUCACCACACUCAAAGUGACUGACGCCGAUGCCCCCAAUACCCCAGCAUGGGAGGCCGUGUACACCAUAUUGAAUGAUAAUGAAGGCCAAUUUGUUGUCACCACAGACCCAGUGACCAACGAUGGCAUUUUGAAAACAGCAAAG